UCUUAGCGUGCGAUCCCGCCUUUGUUUGUACUAGGAAUACCAGUAUGUAGCUGGUUAGACAUUGAAUUACUCCAACAGGAGGCUCUUCCAGUACGAUCAAUGUGCGUCGAAUGCAGUAAAUAGGAUUUAGAUGAUCAUAUGUGUGUUUUUUUUACAGGUCAUGCUGAUUGUAGCCAAGGAACUUGAACAGUAAGCCUAAUUGUUGACCCUUGUGAAUUUUAGAAAAGCACAGCACUGCACCAUGUCGAAGAAGAACCUGACAAGUGUUUUCAGCAAUGUUCAUAGCUGAGCGCAUCCUUCAAUAGACACGGUUGCCAUGGAACCCAGUCGAGGAAAUGAGUUGACGAGGGAAACAAAGCCUUUGUCUGAUGUCUGUGAGGAGACAGCUAGGGGGAGUGAGGCCCUGCAGCCUGAGGCAGAGACCCCAUCUGAGUGUGCAGAUGCGACCCCUUCUGAGUUACAGCCUUCUGGAAAGCUAAAGAAAACCGCGUUUAAACUCUUUGGUGGCCGGAGGAGCAUCUGUGCCUUGCCCAGCUUCUUUGGAGGGAGAAACAAAAGUCAUAGCAAGGGAUCCUCCAAGAAGGGAAUCAGUAAGAGCAAAACCCAUGAUUGCAUUAGCAAGGUUAGCUGGGAAGAUGCCAAAAGAGAGGGAGAUGUCCCAGCAGGAGACUUUGAGUACCACAAUCGAAAUGGUUCUUCUGAAAAGACCCUGCCCAGUUCUCAUAGUGCAAAUGUUAUGAGUGGCAAUGAAGGGGUGGGAAUUACUAAAGGAGAAUCUUGUUUAGAGAAUGGUAAACCUAAUUUGGAGAAAUCUUUGUCUUUCCCACGUCCAAAGAAGGGAUUAAAAGGGCUAUUCAGCAGCAUCAGACGUCAUAAAAAGAAUAAACAUGUUAAAAUGGAAAAGACUGAUUUAGACAUCCCAGAAGAUGUGGUGCAUGUUAAGUACAGCAUUGAUCAACAUGAUAUAGAACCUCUGGGUAAUUUGGAAGAAUUCAAUGUGCCUGCUUCAGUAAACGUUAAAGAGGAAUUAUUUAUUGCUCAUGAAUGUGAAAAAGAGGGAACGAUAACUGAAAUUGAUCUUUCCAAGUCUGACCGAGAGAGUCAGAAGUCAUUGAAAACUCAGAUAUUUAGAGAUGGAGAGAAUGGUGGGAUAGAACAUGCAGAAGUCAUGAAUACAGCUGUAGAGCACCUCUGUGCCAACUCCACUGCACACCUUUCGGACAUCAACUCAAACUGCACAGAGAAUAUCCAACCUUCUGCUCACUCAUCUGAGCAGAUCAACCUGAUAUUUGGUGAUGUGUCCUCGCUAAAAAGCUUUGACUCGCUAACUGGAUGUGGAGACAUUAUUGCUGACCAAGAUGACGACAGUGUUGCUGAAAGCAGUGUGUCUGGAGAAAGAGCUCGUAAUGCUGGGAAAAGGAGUUCAUGCUAUGUCACAUAUCAGGGUGGAGGAGAAGAAAUGGCUACACCUGAUGAAGUUGACAGAAAGUACUUUCAGGGCUUGUGGGAAAGUGAGGCUGCAGCAGAUACUGAUUAUGCUCCCAGGCAGCAGAGUGAUUUUAUGGAACCUGAUAAAAAUCCUGAAGUAACCUCUGAAGCAUCAGAUGUUCUUUCUCCUCCGGUAGACGAUGACAGUGGUACCACCUUUUCUCAUGUUUCAGAUACUGUCAUCACACCUGGAGAUGUUUUAACUCCUCAAAGUGAGCAUCAGGAAUCAGUCCCCAACAGUGAUGAAGGUUAUUAUGAUUCUACCACACCAGGAGCUGAUGAUGAUGGGGUUGAUGAAGUUGGCAGAGUUGGAGGUGACAGGCUACCAAGAGAUAGUUACAGUGGUGAUGCUCUUUAUGAGCUCUUUGAGCCAGAUGACAGCCUUAUGAGCCCCACUCUAAAGGAGGGUUCUUCCUUUGAGAGACAGAAAUCAACCCCAGAUAGUUUGGAAUUUUUAGACAUAACAUUGAACUGCAUUGAUACAAAUUUGCAUACGAGCUUUGCACCUAACAUUGGCCUUGCUGGAUCAGAAAAUACCAGAUUGGCUAAAAUUCAGCAUGAGCUCCUGAGCUCUAAACUGCAAAGUAUACAGAAACCACUUCCAGAACACACUGUGUUGGGAAGGGGCAGGUUUUUCCCCAGUGACAAACCCAGUGAAUGUAUGUUAGACCGACAGCAUUAUUCUUGCCUUAAGGAAGAGCUGAGUACUUUGCAUAUAUCAAAUUCAAUGGAGAAAAGUCUGCUUCAGGGAUCACACAGCCUAAAAAACACUACCAAGAAUGAGGUAUGUGACAAGUCACUAUCUCUUUUGGCAGCAGAUACAAUUUGCACUCAUGGUUUACAUACAGGCAAUCAGAUACAGGCUUCUGAACUGUUUAUAGAUAAAGGCACUGCAAGGCCUUUGCAGACAGAGAAAGAUGAAAAUAUCCCUUCCACCACAAUGAAGGUUGAAGCUGAGACUGACCAGACGAUUUGUUUUUCCCAGGCACUGGUGGAUUUCACAAAACACACCCAGCUUUUCAAUAAUCUUUCUGGAAAUUUGACUAGUUCUGAAUCCACUUCUCCUUUUGCCCAGAACAUGCAGGUACUUCCGUCCAUGGUCACAUUUGACAUAGUAGAUAUGGAAAAUGAGGGGGAAUAUGACGAUCAGGUAGAGAUGGCAGCUGAUGAGGACAUUGCUUCACCAUUUGAAGAUUAUAAUGAGUCAUACCUGCAGAAGGAUUUUGUUGAAUGUGAAGCACGACAGUUUGACUUCAAUGAACAAAGUUUGUUUCUCGAAAAUAGAUGGGGAGUUGCUAGUCUCCCUCGGCAUCUUAGCCUUACAAAAGUCAAUCAGUCUGUUUCAACCCCGCUUACCUUAAACAGGAGAAGCAGGUCCCUAGACACCGAUAGUUUGGAGUUUGAGAUGAGUGACGUGUAUCUUGUGCAAUCAAGGGUCAGCCUGUCAUUGAAUCCCUUUUCUCGAAAUGAGAUGAAUUUUAAGAAGGCAUUUUCCCUGCAUAAUAAAAGGAAUGGGAACUCUGCCAGCUGUGAGCUGAAGAACAAUGAUGACAAUGUAACAACGUCAUGGCAACCAGAGACUGCGGGGACCUUUAUGGCCCCCUUAACAGAUGGAGAGGGAGCUGAACAGGUGCAGACUCCUGCUCUCACUCAACAAGAAAAACCUAAGCUAACAUGUGGUCCUAAUGAUAGGUUAGAGGUUCAGCCAGUAGGUCAUUCUCCAAACCGGAAAACCCGAACACCGGUUUCAAACCACAUGGUACCUGAUAAAGGGCACUGCAGCCCUAUGUUGUACAGUGUAGAGAAGUCAACGUGGCCAUUUUAUAAGCCCUUGCAAUCAGAGGAUAACACUUCAAUCUCAGCCAACGUUAACAGAGUUUGCUGCAGAGAAUUUCUGUCUGAGUGUUGAUUAUAUUUCAAUUAACAGGAGUAAGUCUUAUUUCGUGAGGGGCAAUAAUUCAUAAUUCAAACCAUCCAAAAGUAACCAAGAGAUAUUGGGGUUGCCUGUUGGGUUUAGUUCCCGUAAAUCAGAUUUAAUAACAAGAAAUGCUAUAAAGCUUCUGGCAUUUUGAGGAUUUAAAAUUUUAUUUUGUUUUUCGUAUUCAUUGCCGCCAAAGACACUUAAUUUUUUCACAAAUUAACUUUUUUAAAAUGCAUUAAUUUACAACUUGACCCUUUUGUACCUCAGUUUUUUAAUGGGAAUGCUACCAGCACAUCAUAUAAAUUUUAAAUGUACUUUAUGGUUUAGUAUACAAACUUAGACAUUGAGAUUAUUUUGUGCUUGAGAAAAUGAACAUCAGUCUGGAAGCUAUAGAUUUUAUAAUCCAACCUCACAAGGCAGCCUUUAACUGUUGUUAAUAUUGUUUUGUAUAUAAUAGACAUUGAUGCCAUGGUCAAAUUUUAUAUUUAACCCCAGAUUUCGUAAUAUGAAAAUACAACAUGUUCAAUGUAAAUUCUGGCUUCGGUAGUCCUGGCUCUUAUAAAAGAGACCAUAAAGUGUCUGUCUUCACUGUUAAAACAGACAUUUUGUGGCAUAGUAGGGCUUCAAUUUGAAAUGCUCCUUUUUGGAAGAAUUACUUCCCUGAGUUCCGCUGUCAGAGCUUCCAAAAGUACCUUAUUUAUUUGGUGUGUGUAUAUAUGCUUCCUUUGGAAAUGUCAGUGAGACAGUUGCUUGAAAGAUAGAAAAACUUCUGUGCUGCUUAGCUAGGACAGUUCCUAUAAAAUGUACCUUUUGUUCAAUGGGGUCGUAGAUCACUUAGCCAAUAAUGCUUUUUACUGUGAAAAUAUUUAAAAAAAUAUAUUUCAGUCUUGCAGUAGUGGUGGUGUUUGCAAAAUCGCACACUGCUGCCUUCGGCAUAUUUCAAGAAUAUUGAGGAUUUGUCAGCAAAUACUAGAUACUUUCUCUCUCUUUAUUUUCCUGUACUGUAUUAAGCAAGUCCUGUUGAAUGUUCCAAAUCUAGGCAAUUAGAAAAGAAUCACUUAUUUAUUUAUUUUUUUGCAAACCCACCAUAAUUUUGUUUUGCAUGUUCUUAGCACCUGCAAAAACAUUAUUAUUGAAAAUUACUGAAAUAUAUUGUUUUAGUUAGGUUAGUGGUACCCCAAAACAUGAUGUAACUGCAAUUGGAACAUUUUGUGUUUUUUAUUAUUCAUCUCUAAGGAUUAUAUUAUGCUGUUAUACCAUUUUGUUGUUACUGCAUCCUAGUAAAUUACCACACAAGAAGCCCAAAGCAUGCAUGUGGUUGCUUUUUACAAAAUGUUGUUGCUUCAUCUGCAUUGACAUUGUGUUUAUUAAAAGACAAUGAACAUGUAACAACAUGCCAGUUAGUGACUGGGAAUAUCCAUCUAAUUCCAGUACCACACUAAGGUCUGGGUAUCUCAGCAGGGCAUUAAAUCACAAAUCUCUCUAUGCUUGCUUUACCCCACCCACUGUCCAGUAUAUGCCUUUUAAAAUAAUUAAAGCUGAAAGGUUAUGGGAUCUCUUAGAAUGUGAAAUGUAAACUGGAAUGAAACCUAAAGGCUUGUCUCUUCAGUGAGUACUGGGCUAUGAUUUACAGUCUGUCUUAACUCUACUCCAUUUUGUUUUUCUGUAAAUAUUCAAAUACAGUCACAUGACAUGCAUAGUGCCUUUUGAUUGUUACUUACAAAUGCAGUUACGUUUUUCCGAAAAAUAGGUUUAGUUUGUUUCACUUUCCUAAUUAUCGAUUUAAUGUUUGACAGUUCAAUGUAAACAAUACCUGCAUUUGUCAUGUUCUACAGUAACUGCUCCAUUGGAUUCUUAUGCUGCUGAUAUUAUCAGUGAUCAGUGCUCUUAUCUCUUGGUGGUUACCAAAGAUGCUUCUUUUUGCAGUGUUUACAGACCACAGUUUAUUCAUGCAUCGACUGAACUACCUUAUACUGGAUCACUAUACAUAGUGGGCAGUUUUUUUUUUUGCAUGGUUUCCAAAUAUACUUUUGGAAAAUAUUAUUAUAAUCAUUUUAAAUUUGACUAGCAUAGUGCCAAAUGAUACACAUGAAGGCUGGUACAAUUUGAAAAUGAUUUAAUUCAACAGUCUUGCUUAUUAGAUUUUCCCUCCAUAUUAUUACAUCGCUUUUAUUGAAUGUAAUGACUUCUUUUAUAGGUUUUUAUAGUAAUAUAAUUCAUACUGUAUUAGAAACACAUUACUAUGUCUAAAUUACACAGGUUUUAAGUGCCAUUUGACAGCACAUCCAAUAGAAUGAUAGAUGUGUUUUAGCAUAUAGAUCGCAUCAUGUUUUAUUUUGCCUUUUUAUUGAACACCUGUCUUAUCUGUACUGAAAGGACAUUUUGUGCUAGGUAUUUUUGAUUUUUAUCCAAAAAAUGGUUUGUCCUCAUUGUGUUGUUGCCUGUCUCUUUGUCUGAUAAUGAUGUGGAGAUGGACAUUGUGGUAAAGCUGUCAAAAUAAAUGUUAACUGCACUCUGA